AUGUCUGACUCAGACCUUGUGAAGAGUGGGGGACCAACUAGUAUGGGCCCUGAAUGUCGCUCUCCACCAACUCCCAGGAUGGAGCUGCUUAGCCCCUCCAAGGUGAAGGACCGCUCUCAGAACGUCACAGAGAAGGUCACGCAGGUACGGGGGGACAAAAUAUUAAGACAGGACUCAGUAUCAACCUGACUGGUGAUCAGAUAGUCCUGUUUCCAAACACUGAACUGAAAUUUGCCAAUCACUUCUAAUUCUCUAUCGAAAAGUCUCUAACAGAGCACUGUGAAAAAUUCACUGCCUUAAAGGUUCAGUCUACAACAAAGAGCUAUAAUUAAGCAUGACUUGAUUAAAAACAAAGCUCAGAGAGGCUGCUGUUAAUUAACCAGCAAGCGGAAAAAUCACUAGAUGGUUUGGUGGCUGGAUGUUUCCCUUCUGGGUAUGAGAAGCAAAGUUACUCUUCGCCACCGUUCAGUUCAGACUGUGUGUUGUUGCUGCCGAAGCCCUCAGGCUCAUUGUUCUGCAUCGCUGCGUUUGUGGGAUGAAGUGGGCCAGAUAUGAAACCAAUGCAAGCAAAGCGAUUGGCAUUUAGACAGACCAAAAUAAAGCAAGAGAGUAAAAAAGCACUUACAAUUCAAAAGAGGUUGACUGAGAUGUCAACCCGAAACGGAAGGUCUGUGAUUGAUGGCAAGUCCCAUUUUUUGACGGCUGGUGUUGCAGGAUGUAACCAUAUUUGUGUGCUAGCAUAGAGGAAUCAGGUCAUGCAAAAGGGGAAACUUUGCAGCUUGAUAUGGGGGUUGAGAGGAAUAAAAAUGUUACUACCUAGGGGACAUGGAUGUUCCACGCUGGGAUCUACUGAAAGUCAAGAUGAAACGAAUUUCAAGCUUAUGAUUGCUUGCGUUUGAGUUACCAUUGGUGUUAGAGAAGAAAAUCAGUUUUUUUAGGAUGAUAUUAAAUCAAUUUUAUCAGCUCAAAUUCCUAAAUUGAUGGUUGAUUCAGUCAGUGUUCAUUCUGAGAAUCACUGCACACUGAUACACUCUUUAUGCUUAUAGGUACUUUCUUUGGAGUCUGAUGUACUGCCUGAAUAUAAACUCCAGGUGCCUGAGACAACAUGGUGGAUCUUACUUCACUACAGCCCCUUCAAGGCAUUCUGGGACUGGAUUAUUCUGCUCCUGGUCCUCUACACAGCAGUUUUCACCCCCUACUCUGCAGCCUUUCUCUUGGAUGAACAUGGAGACUUGCGCCAUAGGAGUUGUGGCUACACAUGUAACCCUUUAAAUGUGGCAGACCUGAUGGUGGACGUGUUGUUUAUUGUGGAUAUAGUCAUCAACCUUCGCACCACAUACGUGGACCACAAUGAUGAGGUGGUCACACAGCCAAGCCGGAUAGCCAAGCACUACAUCAAAGGCUGGUUUCCUAUUGAUCUGUUUGCAGCAAUCCCUUUUGACCUCCUUAUUUUCAGAUCUGGGUCUGACGAGGUAAGAACUAAAGCUCCUUUACCAUCAUAUACUGUUUACAUUUGUCGAAUCAAUCUCUUAAACCCCUCUUGCUCUGUAAACUGAAUAAAUAAUUUCCUCCUUAACACCCUCUCCACUGCUCUUCAUCAAUCCAAAGAUGGCGACACUCACGAGUCUACUGAAAACAGCUCGAUUACUGCGGUUGGUCCGUGUGGCAAGGAAGUUGGACAGAUACUCUGAAUACGGGGCUGCUGUUCUCUUCUUGCUAAUGUGCACUUUUGUGCUCAUCGCCCAUUGGCUUGCCUGCAUUUGGUAUGCCAUUGGCUUUGUGGAGAGGCCGUACACAGAGACUGGUUGGCUUGACAACUUGGCCGAACAACUUGGCAAGACAUAUAACGACAGUGACUCCAGCUCUGGUCCAUCGGUCAAAGACAAGUAUGUCACUGCUCUUUACUUCACCUUGAGCAGUUUGACAAGUGUUGGCUUUGGUAAUGUCUCCCCAAACACAAACUCAGAGAAGAUCUUUUCCAUCUGUGUCAUGGUCAUUGGCUGUAAGUUGAAAUCCCUAACAGAUAAUACAACUUAAAUGAUAGCAUAACAAAGGACUUCUGAUCCAAGUCCUUGUUUUUUCCUUCUUUACCAGCCCUCAUGUAUGCCAGCAUAUUUGGGAAUGUGUCAGCCAUCAUUCAGCGACUUUACUCUGGAACUACUCGCUACCACACCCAAAUGCUACGGGUCAAAGAGUUUAUCCGAUUUCACCAGAUCCCGGGCAGCCUUCGCCAAAGGUUGGAGGAAUACUUCCAGCAUGCCUGGUCCUACACAAAUGGUAUUGACAUGAAUGCUGUAAGUGGAAAGUGUUAUCUACUUAAUUGUCAGUUCUCCUUAAUCCUCUAAUUCAGAAUGUAUAAGAAGUAUAUUGGAUUGAUAAUAAGUCUUCUUAUCUUCAGGUCUUGAAGGGAUUUCCAGAGUCUCUGCAGGCAGACAUCUGUCUGCACUUGAACAGAUCUUUGCUGCAGAACAGCAAGGCUUUUCAAGGAGGCAGUCAAGCCUGUCUACGCGCCUUGGGAAUGAGGUUCAAGACAGUUCAUGCUCCCCCAGGAGAUACUCUGAUCCACUUCGGAGAUAUCCUGGACUCUCUCUUCUUUGUCUCUCGUGGUUCCAUCCAGGUCAUCAGAGAUGAUGUUGUGGUUGCCAUUCUAGGUAAAGACAUGGCUGUGGGCAAUUUUGUUACUGUUUCUACAAAAAAAAAAAAAGUGUUCUAAAUCAAUAUCUACCAAUAUAAAAUAAAAAAAUUGAAUUGGAAAUCUUGCAGAGAGGAAUGACAUCUUUGGGGAGCCAAUUCAUCUGUAUGAUGAGCCAGGAAAGUCCAAUUCAGAUGUCUACACCAUCACCUACUGCGACCUGCAUCGUAUUCUAAGGGAUGACCUACUGGAGGUUCUGGACAUGUACCCCAGCUUUGCAGACAACUUCUGGAGAAACCUUGAGAUAACCUUUGACCUGAGAGAUGUAUGUUGGCAUUGUCAGGGGCAUUGUUGCUAAUAGCAUGAGAUGAGGGUCAAAGGAGCUGCAAUACUAAAAAGAGCACUUGUUGUGUUCUUCGGUGUGGGGUGUUGAAUUUCAAUACCUAUAGUUUGAAUCUGCUUUUCCGAAUCUCCUGACUUACUGUUAUUCUUUCAGCCAUUAAAUAGGUCUUGACUAGAACAGGAAGUUCUCACUGUAGGUCAACAGAGACAAUUUAGACACUGAAUGUCCUCCUUUUUUAAACUAGGUUGAUCAAAUACCACCAAUAAUCACAACUGAUGAGUCUGGUGACGACUGUGGGUAUCACCACAGGCCAAGACACAGAAAUCAUGCCAUGGAUUGCCGAAUCAGGCCAGGUGAGGAAUCUUGCACGCAUUUUUUUUCUCAACAUGGUUCCUGUGAUUUGCAUACAGGGCCCUGAAAAGUCGUAUCAGUAAUUGUUGCUGUGUAGACUCUGGAUACUGUCAACAUGUUUUCAAUGGUUUGUUAAUGGACUGAAGAUUUUUCCUCCGAAAAAAGACAAGCCAGGGAAAGCUCCGAUUUUACAGGCAUCCUGAGUAAGAUAAACAAUAAACAGUGACCAAAAUCUUUCCUCUGAACAGAUGGAAUUGAUCACGAAGACUCGUACCCCCUUCAGUGCUUUCAUCACUGCCACUCAUCAAAUCAGACCCACUGGGAUGACCACUGUAGCUGCGGAUCUCUGUGUUCCCAGUCAAGUGAAGAACUGGUGAAGCCUCCCGCCCAUGGUACCAAAGUAGAGCUUUACCCUCCAGGAGAUGGUAGAAGGGAUUACUCCCCCUCUGUUGGGCAGCUUCUGCCCCCUAGUGGCAGAACAGUGGGCAGGGAAGCAAUGAUGGACCAUGGCCGCCAAGGUAGAUGAAACAACUUUCAAUUAAAAUCCUGCUUUGAGGGCAUUAAAGGGUGUGUUUUCUAAACAUUUUGAGGUUUCUUUUACUUUGGGUUUUGCCUUAUGGUAUACUUCAAAGUGCUGUUGAAGACAUAGAUUGGAACAACAUAAUUUUAGUUACAAUGCUUGAAUUCUUAGACUGUUCAAAUUCAGAAAUGUGUCACUAAUCCCAAAAUUCUGCAGCACCAUAACUGGUCAUAGAUUUAAGAAGGUGCUUUUGAGGGUCUUUACCUGCAUAUAAACGACGGUUUAGAAUAUUUCUGUGACUGUAAUCAUACUACUACUACAUUUUCUUUAGCUUCAUCUUUGAAUGUUCCCGGGAUACACCAGUAUUGGCCAGAUCGACACUCAAAACAGUUCUCCAGGUGUUCCUGGCGACCUUCUUCAGUGCACAACCCUAACCACCCCCUACCCUUCACAGAAGAACGGCCAAGUGAACUAGAGUCACGACUUGAGGUUUUACACUCACAGCUCAAUAGGUGAGUUUGAUGAUGACCUUGGUCUUUUUCCUUAAAGAUAAAAGGGACAGGAUAGAGUAUAAAAAGAAACUAGAACCCGUGGUUUGUUGUUGGGUUGAAGAGUUUUAAUUUAGAAAGGUGCAGUUAGAGAUAAAACUGACACAGUUUGCUGAUGCAACUUCAGAAAAUGAGGUUUCUCUGUUUUUUCUUAUUUACCCAGCCACUAAUAUCUGACUAAUAUGCAACCAGUUCUUAACCAAAGUUGACUCUGAGUUCACUAUGCUUAUAGCUGAUCUAAAGGGUCCUUCUAGGUGCCGAAACCGUGACACCUGUCUUUUUUUACGCAGAGGAAAAAAAAAUUCAAUGAGGCCUUCUUGAAUGUUUGAACCCUGAUCUCUAAUAGAUUAGUUAAAGCCAUUGAUAAGGUUUUUUUCUGACAGUGUUUAUGAUGAAAACAAUCACUUUGAUGAAUGCUCUCUGCCACUUUGAUCCUUUCCCUCUCUCCCAGAUUGGAGACUCGUAUGACAGCAGACAUCAAUGUUAUUCUCCAGCUUCUCCAAAGACAGAUAGCUCCUGUACCUCCUGCCUACAGCACUGUAUCCUCUGGUACCAUCUCCACAGACUCCCCUGGUUUGUAUGGGACUGGGACAACGGUGACACACAGCAUGUACCCCAUUACCCCAUUGCAGACGGACAGUCGGGCACCUACACAAGUAUAGAAUUGCACUCAUAACACUCAUUUUUGAUAUUUUUUCAUUGCUAGCCCUUUACAUGGAUAUUUUUCUUUCCUUUAGAGCUCCAUUCAGACUGAUCUCAAACUAAACAAGAAGUCCCAGGAGUCACUGUCAAGUGGUAUCCACGUGACUGUGGCAUCAGACGACACCAUGUUUAUGACCGUCAGCCCUGAAACUGAGACCCUUUCAAGGCUGACUCCAGAGCAUCCCAGAACCUCAGUUAAAUCCACCUUUAUGGAAAACCCGGGGCUGGGUGGUAAACUCCGCUGCCCAUCACUCCCUGGGAACUUGGACAUCACAUCAGGACUGGCUGAGAUCCAGAAACACCUCUCAGAUCCUGUGCUACCAGCCACCUGA